AUGAACUGGGUUACAUGUGCUAUUAAUGUUGCAGUUUUCUGGAUCAUCGCUGUUCCCACCACUGGCAACAGAUGUGGAUCGCAUAAAUUUUGUCGAAUAUCCCAGCUGGACAUUACCUCCGCAACGGAAGGAUUAAAUGUUCUAAAGCAGGAACCGUGCGCCACCUACAGUAGCAUUCAAAUCCAACGACUCAUCAUGGGUUCGACGACGAUCGCCACACUGUUGGUCAACGCGUCAGCUCUCACCAACAACUUGCACUUUAAGCGAUAUCACGAGCAGAGCCUAUUCCUACCCAGUGCACAUACGCUGGAAGUACUAACGCUGCAAGAAGCGCGCCAACUACAAACGAUCACUAUCCAAACUAACAGACAUCUUAAACAGCUCGAAAUAACUAGGUGCGCCAUUUCGAUUGUGCCACACUCAAUCCGCAACUUGAUUUCGUUAAGAGAGCUACGACUAAAGUUUUGCGCUGUCAAAGUUCUCAAUCUGGCCUUGCUCAGUACGUUAAAGUACUUGGAAACGGCACAGUUCAUGGGUGAUAACAUCACAAUCAUUUAUCCACCACAAGCGUCCAUCGCACCGAACAUCCAAACGAUCGUCCUAUCGUACAACAAGAUACAGCAGAUGGACAUGUCGCUGUUAAGAACCUUGAAGCUGAUGAACAAUCUGAAUCUCGCCAACAACCGGUUGUCGACAAUCGAUUAUCCGCCGGAUGGAGUUGUGACACUACCUCUUCUAACCACACUGUAUCUAUCUAACAACAGGAUCGAGAGAAUUUCAUUCGUUCAGCUGAAUGCAUCCGGUUUGGAGUUUUUGGAGCUUUCUUCCAACAGACUGACCACCGUUCCGGAGCAAAUCGGCAAGUUUCCCAAACUGAUACUCUUAGCGCUCAACGAUAACGGUCUGGAUACGAUCGACUUAGCCAUGCUGAAAAGUCUCCGUAAUCUGCAAAGGUUAGAAUUAAACAACAAUCGUUUACGAAGCAUCGAUCUACCGAGAGAAGUGCUGCUGCCCAAUUUGAUCCAACUGUCACUGUCGAACAACCAGCUGAAAUUUGUUGCCCUUGAGCAGUUGACCGCUCCGCGUCUGAGCCUCAUAGAUCUCAGCAGUAAUCUUUUGACGACAAUACCGGACGUGUUCGAAAAAGACUACAACCAGCUGCAGUAUGUGAACGUUAUGGGUAAUCCUUUGGUUUGUGAUACUUAUCAGAAGUAUCGGAAGUAUAUACGAUUGGCGAUACUCAUCCCCGAAUGGAUAAUGCGAAAGGAUGAAUUUUGCUCGACAGGAAAAUACUUUAUUCUAAGCAGCACGCGACGCGUUUGUUGUAUGGUUUAA